AUGAAUCGCAAGGUUGGAUUUCGACCACCAACAAAGAGACGAGCCCCUAGCAUGGAUUGUUCAUAUUUGGAAUCCAAAGUGAAUCGUCCAAUCUUCUACCCGUGUGACACCACACGAUUCUUGUAUGGACACUUGCCACCGGAGUUGAUGAUAAUACAACCUUACAACAUAACAGAGGGCAGUGUCACGGGAAAUUUGCCUUUUUAUUGCUACAAUGGACACUUCUUUAAACCUAAAACAGAACGAAUUGCCUUUAAACAAGCAAACCAUACAAGUAAACACAAUCCAGCGGAUAAAGAUAAGGUAGUCUUUGACGUCCCUAUUGCAACUGCUGAUCCGGGCACUUCCUCAGUUCGGGUGAAGAGGGAGAAACCAGACUCUCCCCAAGCCUCCGCUCGGGCCGUGACGAAUCCCAAGUCUACUCCUUUUCCGAGCAUGGUUCAUAUGCGGAUUCAUACUGGCGAGAAACCUUUCCAGUGCCGGUUCUGUUCGAAACAAUUCGCUCAAUCCGGGAACCUUUCUUCUCAUGAAAGGAUCCACACAGGUGAAAAGCCAUUUGAAUGCAAGUACUGCGGAAAACGUUUCACCCAGUCCUCCGCGCAGAAAAGCCAUAUGAUGACUCAUAUUAACAAGCAACUGCUAUGA